UCGAUGUAUCUUUCUACUAUAAAAUGGACCUCCAUAAGCUAAUUUUUUUCAUACUUCUUUAAAUUUAUAAUUCAAUUUUUUUUAUUUAAAAGAAGAUGCAUCUCCUUCUCAUAUUAUUUCUCGUCUUCAGUUUGGUUUUGUGCUUCUUUUACAGACUUGCAGGAGCACAAGGGAUCGGGGUGAACUAUGGAUUGCUAGGGAACAAUCUUCCACCUCCAAAUUCAGUAAUAAACCUACUGAAGCACAAAAACAUUCAAAAAGUUCGCAUUUUUGAACCGAAUCAUGAUGUUUUGAGGGCUCUAGGAAACUCUGGUAUAGAAGUUGUCGUCGGUGUUCGAAACGAAGAUUUGGAGAAACUUUCUUCUGAUCCAUCCUUCGCAAUUCAAUGGAUUAACACCAAUGUUGUACCUUACGCCCAGGCCACAAUAAUCCGAUAUGUAUCCGCAGGAAACGAGGUGAUUCCAGGGCCUUUAGCGCAAUUCGUAGUCGGUGCCAUGAAAAAUCUUGAUUCUGCCCUGAAAUCGGCUAAUCUUCAUAUUCCUGUCAGCACAGCAAUCCAUUUUGCAGCAAUAGGCCAAUCUUACCCACCUUCAAACGGGUUAUUUUCUGACGUUGCAGCAAGCAUAAUGGCACCUAUUAUUGAUUUCUUGGAAUACAAAGAAUACCCACUUCUAGCCAAUGUGUAUCCUUAUUUCGCAUAUAUAUGUGAUCCGCAAAGCGUCGGGCUAGAUUACGCAUUAGGAAAUGCAAACAGUGUCAUCGUUAGCGAUGGAAUUCUGAAAUACAAUAACCUCUUCAACGCUAUGGUUGACACAAUGUAUUCUGCUGUUGAAAAACUCGGCGGCACGAGUGUUAGGAUUGUUGUUUCAGAAACAGGAUGGCCGAGUGCACAAAAUGGAGAUAUAGCAACUAUCAGUAAUGCUCAGGAUUAUGUCAAUAAUGUAUUAGCUCAUGUUAAUUCUUCGGUAGGAACUCCGAAGAGGCCUGGUCACUCUACGGAAACGUACAUUUUUGCUCUUUUUAAUGAAAACCUCAAGGCACCUGGUACGGAACAGAAUUUUGGUAUGUAUUAUCCUGACAUGAGUGAGGUUUAUCCUGUCAGGAUUUAAUUAUUCCCAGAAAAUAUUGUUUAAGAAACAAUAUUGGAAUAAGUAUUAGUCUAAAUAUGGAAUGGGUUCUAUGUAGAAGUCAGGUUGAAAUAAAUGAAACCUUAUUCCAUAGUAGUUUUUCAACUCAGUUAUAAGAGGGUUUUUGCUUGUACUAUGAAUUCUUUAAUAUAGUUUCAAUUAGGUUUCUAUGAAGUUUAAA